AAUGGAUUCAAACUCGGACAAGUUGACUCAAAAAAAUAUGACAGAAAAUACAAGCCUAACUUCAAUAGAAAGUGGAUUUGUUAGUUUAACUGAACUUAAAAUAAAAGAAACGGCGACUGUUGAAAUUGAUUCAAUUUCUAAUAAAAUUGAGGAGAAAAAGAAAGAUGCCGUAAUUUUUGCAAAAUUUGGAAAGUUCGUCAAUUCUUUCAGGGAGAUGGGGGAAAAAACAAAUCUCAAGGCUGAGGUUUAUUUUUGUUAAUUUUUGCCUAGUAUUAGGGUUUUCUCGGUCGAUUUAAGAUUGGAAACUUGCGGACAGUUUUUGCGGACAACUUGAAUAAAUAUAUGGGAUAUAGUUAAGGACUCGCUCAGAAUCGGGUCAAAAUAAUGCCAAUCGAUUAGCUGAGUGGAUCGAAAAUGCCUGGACCGAUCCCCGAAAAUCAAAAAAAACCAUUGGGGGACCAAGCACUUUUUGGGGUGAAAAAUUCGAAUAUGCAAAUAAUAGCU